AUGCCGGUUGUAAACUUGAUAAUUGAUGACUCACAUAGGAUGAAAUUCUCUAAACAUGUUGAUUAUGAUAAAUUGAUCGCUCUGGAAGAAAGAUUGAGGGCAGUCGAAGGGGCAGACUUAUAUGAUCCUGUUCAUUCUGCAGAGAUGUAUUUAGUUCCAAAUGUAGCUAUACCUAAAGAAUUUAGGGUACUAGAAUUUAUCAAGUAUAUUAGAACUGAAUGCCCAAUCACUCAUUUUAAAUCUUAUUGUAAUAAUAUGGCAGAAGUAGUGAAUGAUGAGAAACUUCUCAUCCAUUUCUUUCAAGAUAGUCUUUCUGGAUCGGCACUAAGCUGGUAUACAAGGCUAGAUACUACAAAGAUCAGAAAGUGGAAAGAUUUGAUAAAAGCUUUUAUGGAGCAGUAUAAAUUGAACAUGAAGGUAGCCCUAGACAAGUCAAGGUUGUUAGUAAUAAAGAAAAGCAACAAAGAGACUGUAAGAGAAUACGCUUUGAGGUGGCAUAAAAAAGCAUCUCACGUGCAACCCUCUUUGUUAGAAAAAGAAAUGGUCACUUUGUUUUCCAAAACUUUUAAAUCUCCUUACUUUAAACACCUAGUGGGUAGUUCAGCUCAGCAUUUCUAUGAUGCUAUAACUAUCGUUGAGAGGAUAGAACAAGCAAUAAGAAUGGGGAGAAUGUUAGAGCCUAUUGAGAAGAAAGGCUUUAUUGGGAAAAAGAAGGAUUCCGAGGUGAACCAUGUGGAAGGAGGGUAUAAGG